AUGAGCGAAGAUCAAGAUGUUCAGGGCUCAGACUUGCCAGCGGCGAGCCAGCAUCAUUCCCUCAAAUAUCAUCUUCUAGGCCCAUCACUCACCAAGAGCGGACAAGAUGGAGUCGACCAGAAGAAAGUGUCUGAGAUUAUCUACAACGCAAGCAAGGGCAGCAGAUAUUUCAACAACGAGGAGGAGAAGGACAAACAGCUUACUGUCAAGAUCAACUCAAUCUUGCUAAAGCGACGCGAACUGGAACGAAUUGAUGCAGCCGGUGGCCUACAGAAUGAGAAGAAGAAGGCGGACAACUACAUCGCCGAGCUUGAAUACGGCCGCGAUCUGAGUCAGGCAAUUGUGCACGUUGACUGCGAUGCCUUCUAUGCUGCAGUUGAAGAGCUUGAUCGCCCAGAGCUGAAGGAAGUACCAUUUGCUGUCGGAAAGGGGGUUUUGACAACAUGCAAUUAUUUGGCCCGGCAGUUCGGCUGCCGUAGUGGCAUGGCAGGCUUCGUUGCAGACAAGCUGUGUCCUGAGCUACUGCACGUUCCAUUGAACUUUGAGAAGUACACUGCAAAAGCAAAGGAAGUCCGCAAAGUGCUGGCAGAGUAUGAUCCGCGUUUCGAAUCCUCAUCAAUCGAUGAGGCGUACUUGAACAUCACAGAAUAUUGCGCGCACCACGAUCUCUCUCCAGAGGAUGCAGUCAGCCAAAUGCGUGCACAGGUUUUUGAGGAGACUAAGAUCACCGUCUCGGCGGGGAUCGCAGCGAAUGCAAAACUGGCCAAAAUUUGCAGCAACAAGAACAAGCCAAACGGUCAAUACAGGCUUCCUUCGGAUAGAACCACCAUUCUCAACUUCAUGCGCGACCUACCUACUCGGAAAGUCAACGGCGUAGGCCGAGUGCUGGAGCGUGAGCUGGACGCCAUCGGCAUAAAGACUUGCGGUGAUAUAGGCCCAUCACGUCAUUUCUUGAAUAGAUUAUUUGGAGAGAAGACAUUCGAUUUUUUGAUCGGUGUUUAUCUUGGACUUGGGAGGACUGACGUCCGGCCCGCGGAGGAGACAGAGCGUAAAAGCGUUGGAACGGAGUCUACCUUCCAUGACAUGUCAGACCCGAAGGAGCUGCGGGAUAAGCUGAAAUGGAUCGCCGAAUCUCUAGAGGAGGACCUGCAACGUACCGAGUUCAAGGGACGGACGUUGGUAUUGAAAGUCAAACUGCACACGUACGAAGUCCUCACUCGCCAAGUCCAGCCUCCCAAGGCAGUUUAUACAUCGGAAGAUUUGUACCAUUAUGGAUUGCCAAUGUUGACAAAGCUAGAAAAGGAGAACCCGGGGAUGAAAUUGAGACUGAUGGGAUUGAGAUGCACACAUCUUGUCAGCACGAAAAAAGGGGAGGUGGACUUUUUCGGACGUGCAAGGCAGAAGUUGACUGAGACCGGCGGCUCAAAAGUCGAAAUCGACGAUGACGGCUGGCAAGUUUGGCCACAUUCCGAAAUGGCCUUUGAAGAAGCUGCACGACAGGAACGAGAGGCGGAAAUGGGUGAGAUUGAGAGGCUUUCACAACAACACGAAGAGGAUGCUGCGGCUGCAAUGCCGGCCAAGCCCAGCAAUGAGGCGGAUUACAAUCGCUAUGCCAACGGUUUUGCAUGGCGCUCUCUCUUGGAGCAAGAAGCUAUCGCCGAAGCAGCUCUGGCUCCUGUGGCGGCGCCGGAACAGUGGCAUUGUCCAAUCUGCAGCCGCCCACAGCCAGCGGACGAGCGUGCCUUCAAUGAGCACAUUGAUGGAUGCCUGUCAAGACAAACCAUCAAGGAAAUCGUCAAGGAGCCGACGCCGCAGAAGGCGUCCACCCCGAACAGAGACAUUGGCAGCACGAGUGUAAAGCGGAAAAGGGCGAAGGAUCAUGAAAAGAAGCCAAAGAAAAGUUUCUUCUCUUGA